AUGCUAUUUACCCAUUUUUGUUAUGCUAGCCCGGAAAUAUCUGGUGGUGAAAUAUCGAUUCUAAGUUCUCCUGGCAGUGAAAGGAAGAUCGAGACUAUCGAUGAACGGCUGUCGACCAUAGAGCGUCUGUUACAGGACCUCACUCUCUCGUUGCCUGCGGCCACAGCUUCACAAUCAGUACCUAAAAUACCACCACCGCCUUCAUCAAGGCAUCAUGACGGCUCGAAUGUACCUGUGGCCAUACGGAACUCGGAGGAACCUGAGACGAAACGGACCCCGGAGUUCGAGGGCGAGUCGUCAUUUAGCGCCCACUCGAUGCAUGCAGGCGCUCUUUUCGAGAACGCUAUGAAAAGAAUACCCUUUGCACAUGUGCCCAUGAUGUCCCAUGCCUUAUCUGCACUGCAGGAUAUAAUAAAACGCCAAUCCCUGCCGUCAUCUGUGAAUGUUCUACGAUUCCCCGGGCAGCCGCCCAAAAAGAGGAUAAAUUUCUCUGACUUGGAAUUGCCUCCUUCAAGUGCCGUUUUGACUCUUCUAAGGCUUGCAAAUGACAACCCACCCCUUUUCUUCCUCACGCUGCCUGUGAUGAACAUAUCACACUUUACACAAAUGUGUAAAGAUCUUUACUUUUGUACGGAAGAAUACUCGUCUGGACGAUUCGCUUCGGUUAACGCUAUAUUGGGGCAUCUGUUCAAAGAGAUUUCAUUUCGGUUCAAGGAUGAUCCAUCCACCGCUAAGUUCCCCGAAUACAGCGAGCUCUGUAUGUCGAAUUUUACAGUAGUUAUUAGUUCCUUUGAUAUGUUUACAGAGCCAAGUUUGGAUAACUUGAUGGCCUUGACAUACGCUAUACUUCAUGCAACUGAGUCCGCAAAAAUAUCACUAUGCUGGAAUUUCGUAGCGAGUGCUGCUCGAAUGGCUCAGAGCCUUGGAUAUCACCGCUCUGUUGCAUCUAAGGAUGACAAGCCUGAUGAUGUCCGCCUGAAAGCAUUUCUAUUCUGGUUCAUAUACUCUAUGGACCGAAGUCUGUCCCUGUGUCUAGGAAGAGCUGCCUUACUCCCGGACUAUGACAUCGCGCUUCCAUACCCGUCCCUGUCGUCGGAUACGUCACUGCAGCCUUGGCAUAUACUCUUUCACUAUUGGCUUGACUGCUCUAGGAUAACUGGAGAGGUGUAUGAGCACCUCUACUCCGUUAGAGGCGUUUCCUCGAGUGCAGAGACUCGUGCAAAAAAAGUCUAUGAAUUAAGCUACCGACUUCAGGAUUGGAGAGAUCAAGUCAUUGCAAUCGAUACCCAGGAAGCGUAUCAUAAAGCGCAUAUUCAAUGGAUUGUCCCAGCCUCGGAGUUGACAUAUAACCUGAUAGCCACUAUCAUCCAACGCGCUGCGCCUCCAACUCAACCACCCGAGACUCCCUCUGGCCUCAACCUACAGUGUGUACAAGCAGCCAGGAAGGCUCUGCAGAUUCAUCAACAGAUAUUCCUUUCUCUCGAAAAGGCUGAUUCAUUCUUUUUCAGCGGAUACAUUACCUGGGUUCUCCUGCAGUGUCCCUUUGCUCCAUUUAUGGUAACCUUCUGCCAUACAAUCGCAGCCUCAGACCACGAUGACCUAAAGCUACUCGGGGAAGUUGCAACUUCCCUCCAAGCGGCAGCUGAUGUGUCGGAGGCAGCAGAGCGGCUAUACCGACUAUGUUUGGUAUUUUACCAAGUGGCAAAGUUAUAUGUGGAUGUCCAACCCAAGGAACCACACAACCACCCUGUGAUACCGAAACCAGGGGAAGCUUUUGAUGACUAUCUUACUUCUCUCGGGUUCGGGCCUAAUACACUUACUCCCGAGACGGCCGAGAGUAGCACCAAUACCAAUUUAAACGACCUAAAUGAGGCUUCUAUACCUGCAUUCCAGAUGCCGCCUGAGAUGAUGGAGACAGACCUGUCACAUACCCUUGGAGACUGGUUUCUUGACAACCAGUACAUGAUGGGUCUGUUAGAUUCUGAUCUAUAA